GAUCCGUGUGUGUCGAGGUGUUCCUGGGUGUUAACGAUAGAAGAUCAGGGAGGGCUGAAGUGAUUUGUUCCCGCCUCAAACACGUUCCCUGAUACCAUUCUGAAUUAGAGAUAUCACAGCACUGGCGGAACUGACACAAAGUAACAGCCGCGCGCAGUAGUGAUACAUUGUUUCAGUCCGGCGCGGAUUAGAAUUCUCAGUGUUCCAUUGUGACAUCGCGUCGCGCGGACUCUGAUACACUGUAUCUGUUUCUGGCGCGUCUGGUCUGAUGAUGGAGCGCUGGAAGGGCAGAGUCGCGCUGGUCACCGGAGCGUCUGUCGGGAUCGGAGCGGCUGUGGCUCGCGCUCUCGUCCAGCACGGCAUGAAAGUGGUCGGCUGCGCGCGGAACGUGGACAAGAUCGAGAAGCUGGCAGCCGAGUGUCAGAGCGCGGGAUACAGCGGCACUCUGAUCCCCUAUAAGUGUGAUCUGUGCAACGAGGAAGAGAUUCUGUCCAUGUUUUCGGCCAUCAAGACGCUGCAUCAGGGAGUGGACGUGUGCAUCAACAACGCGGGUCUCGCUCACAACGAACCACUGCUCAGCGGAAGGACAGACGGCUGGAGGAAUAUGAUCGAUGUCAACAUACUCGCUCUGGCCAUCUGCACGCGUGAGGCCUACCAGUCCAUGAAGGAGAGACACGUGGACGACGGACACAUCAUCAACAUCAACAGUAUGGGGGGUCACAGGAUGGUGCCCAGCGCUGACGAACACUUCUACUGCGCCACCAAAUACGCUGUGACCGCUAUGACAGAGGGACUGAGACAGGAGCUACGGGAGGCCAGGACACACAUCCGAGCCACGUGCAUAUCACCUGGAAUAGUGGAAACUGAAUUUGCCUUCCGGCAUCACAACAGCGAUCCGGAGAGAGCCGCGGCUGUUUAUGAAAGUAUAAAGUGUUUGAAAGCAGAAGACAUCGCCAGUGCUGUCAGAUACGUCCUGAGCGCACCGGCUCAUGUUCAGAUCGGUGACGUGCAGAUGCGUCCGGUGGAGCAGGUGUCGUAGGAUCGGAUCGUGAACGGGACGACACCUGCUGGCCAAAAACAUGUAUAACACUUUGUUUUAAAGAACUGAUUGAAGGGUUUGGGUUUGCAGAUCGGAUCAAAUCGGUGAAGGUGGCGCUGUGUGGCUCGAUCUGACGCGACGCACAGCGAGAUUUCUUCUGUUUAAUGAGGGGAAGCUGUCAGGCUUUUCUCUUAAAAACACACAUCGCCAGAAACCGGAGAUUGAAUGUGUGUUACUGUCUGAUACGGUCAUGUGAGACCGGUUACACCGAGACCAGUACGCCGUGAAUUGCACAUCUUUUUUUUUUUUUUUAGGUCAUAUUACAUGUCUGUUUUAAGAGUGUGACGAUAGGAACAGUCGCUCGGUGUCGGGUGAGGUGAUGUUAAUUAGCCUGCUGUAUUAAUUGUGUCAGGAGUAUUGUAACUUGAACUGUAGAUGUGGUUCUCAUACUGUACCUGCAGAAGCUACUGCUCGUUUGAAGCGGUGAAACGAAAUCAAAUCAGCGCAUGAUUCAUGAGAAAGAAACCUGUUUGACUCCAGUCUCACUCCGAAUCAGAAACCGAGUGAGAAAUGUUGGUUUUACACUGAAUGAAUUGUACAGACGUUGGAAAAUAAGUAUGGAAACACUGUAGUGAGAACUUGAAGAUAAAUAAUAGUUGAUAUAAUUAAUUCUUAUUGAUUAAAUGAGAUUAUGAUUAUUGAUUAUGAAUAAAUUCCUUUACUUUUUGCUGUAUGUCACCACUACAUCUCAAAACUAAGCAAAACUUGAUUUCUUCGUGUAUUUUUUCUAUUAAAAUUCUCAUAUUGUUAAUAUUUGGGAAACUACCUUCAUUUCACCAGUGGGAACUUAAAUUAAAUUACAUUAAAUUAAUCAAAUUCAGUACUUGAAUAUCAUGAAACUUGUUUAGAACGUGUCUAGUUCACAUUCACAAUAAAAUAAUUAUAUAUUGUGACAUUAUUUUCAUUUUGCCUUUUGCAUAUUUUUUUAAAUAUACUUUUUUCUUUUUUUAACAGUAAUUACAAACAACAUAUAGUAUUAAAAUAAUAAUAUAGUGUUUGUUUUACUGCUUGUAUAUUUAAAUAAAAAAUAAUUUUAAGUUUAUUUAAUACAAUAAAACUAUUACAUAAUGGUUUUAAUUAUUACAAUAAUAUCAUAAUGAGAAAUAUGUGUGCUUUGUGACAUUUUUCCCCAUGAUUCAUUAACAUAAUCCAAAAAGACUCUAUUAAAAUAGAGUAUUUAUAAAAUUAUUAUAUUACCUGUUUCCUUUUAAGGAUUUUUUUUUUUUCGAUUUCUAAUAAAUGGCAACAAAUUACUAAAUUAUUAACACAUUUAAGAUGUAGAGUAUUUAAUAUUAUUGCACUGCCUUGAUGCAGAUUUAAAUGAAAAUAAUCAUUUUAUUACAGUAAUUUUUUAAUGUAAUGCAGUAAAACAAUUAAUGUGCUUAAUUGCAAUUAAAAUAAUGUCACAGAAAAAUCAUUAUGAUCCUAAAAAGAUGCAUCAUUUUCUUAUUUCUUUUGUUUUUAGGGUGAAAUGUAUGGCAUAUGUACAUGUUUUCUUGAGAUUCGCUCAUUUGAAUUGGGAUCUUAGCUGUAAAUGUACAGCAGGUUGGGAACAAAGAACAAAGUCUUAA